ACAACGCUGAGCUAGGCUAGACUAGAGCAAUGGAAAGUAGCCAGCUAGCUUGGUAGAUAACUGCAUUCAAUCUGAAAACAAGCAAAACUGUCUAAUUUAAGGCACCACCUGGAUAUACAACUACGUUUUGCUGCAAGUUGACCCUAACCGGAAAGCCUAUUGGUGUUUCAAAACAAAUGUAGCCGCUAAAAUCGUUGUCGGAUAAAGAUUUUGGCUAGCCCUUGCUAGCACAGGCAGUCGUCAGUUUUGCUUAGUUAUACACUGAUAGAGAGCAAAUAAAAGAGAUACACUUUUGUGGAUUACGUAAACAUAUCAAACCAAGGUUUGUGUGAUUUUGCUAAAAUGCAUCACCAACAGCGAAUGGCUGCCUUAGGGACAGACAAAGAACUAAGCGACUUAUUGGAUUUCAGUGCGAUGCGAAACAGCGAUUUGAAAAUGUUCCCAACAUCAAUGAUGUUCUCUCCUCCUGUUAGUGGUAAAAACGGACCAACCUCCCUGGGAAGUGGACAUUUCGCAGGCUCAAACAUGGGGGACAGAGCCAGUGCAGGGAUUUGGGGAAAUAGAAGUGUCCCUUCAAAGAGUUACUCUGACGGUUCCCAAUACGCUCACAUGACUAGCCGGGACAUGGGCUCACACUCACACGACAACAUCUCUCCUCCAUACGUCAACUCCAGAGUAACAGUCUGA